ACGGAAGUAGAAGCGGUGAGCGCGAGGUGAACGUCGUGCGGCUGACCAUCGACCUCUAAAGGCUCACAUGGUCUGAGGAAGAAGCCCAUAAGAAGAGGAGGAAGAGGAAAGAGAAGGAGUAAGAAAUGGCUCUUUCUCAGGGACAGUUGACAUUGAAUGAUGUGGUCAUCGAAUUCUCUCCAGAAGAGUGGAAAUGCCUGGACCCUGCUCAGAGGGCCUUGUACAGGGACGUGAUGUUGGAGACCUGCAGGAACCUGCUCUCUGUGGAUAUUUCUCAUAUACACGUGAUAAGGAAAUUACAACUAAAAUCAAACAUUGAUAGAGGAGGAGUAUUCCAAACAGUGAUUUUGGGAAGACAUGAAAUCCAGGAAAUCAAGCCUUUUUACCUCUCGGAAAUACAGGAGAAUAUGUUUGACUUUGGAUUUCAGUGGAGACAUGAUGAAAGAAAUUACAGAAAUAUCCCUACAUCCCAUAACCAAAAUGUCACUGAUAGAAGAAGUCAACAUGGUGGAAGGGAUGCGGGAAACAACCAUAUUGGAAAUAGACUUGUGUUAAGCCUUCAGGAUGAACUGCAUGUGUUUAAAAGUAAACAGAAAAUUGAUGAUUUUAAUAAAGCUAAUAAGAGUAUCAACAGUACUUCCUCAUUUUCACCAGUUGAAGGAAUUUCUCCUCCUGUCCAAACCAACAUUUCUAAUAUAUAUUUUAUACAUCCUUCAAUACUGACACAAGACCAGAGCCCACACAGGGAAAUACCUUGCAAAUGUAAUGAGUAUGGCAAAACGUUUCAUCAGGGCUCAAAUCUCAGGAGUCAUCAGAGAAUCCAUAUAGGAGAGAAAUUACAUAAAUGUGAUGUAUGUGACAAGGUCUUUAGCCGAAAUUCAGAUCUUGUAAUUCAUCAAAGAAUUCAUACUGGAGAGAAACCUUACAAAUGUAAUGAGUGUGGCAAGGUCUUUAGUACAAAAGGAAAGCUUUCAGUUCAUCAGAGAAUUCAUACUGGAGAGAAACCUUACAAAUGUAAUGAGUGUGGUAAAACCUUUAAUCAGAGAUCAAUCCUCACUCGACAUUGGAUAAUCCAUACAGGAGAGAAAUUACAUAAAUGUGAUGUAUGUGACAAGGUCUUUAGUCAAAAUUCAGACCUUGUAAUUCAUCAAAGAGUUCAUACUGGAGAGAAACCUUACGAAUGUAAUGAGUGUGGCAAGGUCUUUAGUCAGAAAAGAAAGCUUUCAGUUCAUCAGAGAAUUCAUACUGGAGAGAAACCUUACAAAUGUAAUGACUGUGGUAAAACCUUUAAUCAGAGCUCAACCCUCAGUCGACAUCGGAUAAUCCAUACAGGAGAGAAAUUACAUAAAUGUGAUGUGUGUGCCAAGGUCUUUAGUCAAAAUCCAGACCUUGUAACUCAUCAGAGAAUUCAUACUGUGGAGAACCCUUAAAAAUGUAGUGUCUGUGGGAAAACCUUUCUUUCUUCCUCUGGCGUCAGUAGGCAUGACAUAAUCCAUAGAGUAGCAAAACCAUAUAAAUAUGAUGUAUGUGACAGAGUCAGUCAUCAAAAUGCAGUCCUUGGACUUCAUCAGGAAAUUCAUACUAGAGAGAAACCUUAGACAUGUAAUGAGUGUGUCACAGUCUUUAGUCAGAACACAAACCUUGCGAGUCAUCCAACAAUUCAUAAUAGUGAGUAAUCUUACAAAUGUAAUGAGUGUGGCUAAAACUGCUCAUCAGGGCUCAUACCUCAGUAGGCAUCAGAUAACCCAUACAGGAGAGAAAUUACACAAUUGUGAUGUAUGUGGCAAGGUCUUUGUUUAAAAUUCAUACCUUGCAAUUCAUCGGAGAAUUCAUACUGAAGAGAAACCUUACAAACGUAAUGUGUGUGGCAAAACUUUUCAUCAUGGCUCAACUCUCUGGCAUCAUCAAAUAAUCCAUACAGGAUCCAAACCAUAUAAAUGUGACAUGUGUGGCAGAGUCUUUAAUCGAAAUUCAGUCCUUGCAUUCUUCUUCAGAGAAUUCUUACUGGAGAGAAACCUUACAAAUGUCAUGAGUGUGGCAAAGUCUUUUGUGAGAAGACAACCCUUAACAAGGCAUCAAGAAAUUCAUAUUGCAGAGAAACCUUACAAAUGUAAUGCGUGUGCCAAGGUCUUUAGUCAAAACCUCCAACUUCGAAUUCAUUGGAAAAUACAUAAUGGAGCAAAUUACAAGAGUAAUAAAAAAAAAAAAGAGUAAUGAU